GUGCUACGAAAUUAAUGAGCACACAAAUCGUACAACAAAAGUUAAUGCAGUUGGACGGUGCAUCCUAACGACGCACCAACCAAAUCAUACGAGCAAGUAGAUUGACAUUUAAGCAGGGCAAAUCGAGAGAAGGGGAGAAGACGGUAACCAAGCCGUAGUUUGUUAAAUCGAUACACCUCAUCGCGUACACACUCGUCUGCGUCUAUGCAGUAUUUGCUUUUCUUUCGUGGCGUAUGUAACCUCGGAGCAUUGAGAGGAGAGAAAAAAAAAAUGCCGCGUAUAACAAUAGAAUUGUUGAGAAAACGCUGCGAGCACAAUGAAGGUGAAAUAUCCACGCUCGAGGAGUUAUCGUUGCAUCAGGAAAACAUCGAAAGAAUCGAGCUGCUCAAUCAAGCCUGUCGAGACCUGAGGAUCCUGCUGCUGCAGUAUAACCUCAUAUCUAAAAUCGAAAAUCUACACAAACUUAAGAAACUCGAGUAUCUUAACUUGGCACUCAACAAUAUCGAAGCUAUCGAGAACUUGGAAGGGUUGGAGAGCUUGCAGAAACUCGAUCUCACGGUCAAUUUUGUUGGCGAUUUACGAGGUGUUAAAACGUUGAGAGGAAACGAGCAUCUGGAGCAGCUAAUCCUCACGGGCAAUCCAUGUUGCGAUUACGAGGGCUACCGCCAGUACGUCGUGGCGACGUUACCUCAGCUGAAGGAGCUCGACAUGACUCGUAUCGAGAGAUCGGAGCGUAUCAAGGCGCUGCAAAGGUAUGCGGAGGCCGAGGGCGACGUCAUACGCGGAUACCGGAAGUACGCGGCGAUCAGGCAAGCGCAAAGGAGCCGACGCGAAUCUUUGGAAACGAGCGAGAUCACGGAUGAGAAUAACGACAGCGCGGACGAGGACGCGGCAUUCUGGAACUCGACGAGUCAGCACACGCCGGAGGAUCGCGUGGCCAUAGCGAGGAGAACUAUGAAGCAGCAGGAGAGGCGCGACGGCAAAAGUUCGACGUCUAAUCAGCCGAAAAAGUCGGCUCUGAGAUUAUUCAGUCCCGAGGGACGGCCGUACAACGUCAACCAAGCGAAAGUGGCGUUCAGGUUGAACGACGAGGAUGAUCGUGAGAACGUCACUCUCGACGUGACAGUUUACAAGCACCUCGACACGAGUUUCGUCGACGUGGACGUGCAGCCCACUUACGUUCGCGUGACGAUCAAGGGCAAAAUUUUACAGCUGAGCUUGCCCUGCGAAGUGACGACGGACAAGAGUGUCGCUCAGCGUAACGUUACGACGGGCAGUCUGAUCAUCACCAUGCCGAGAGUCAACAGAUUAACGGCUUUGUCGGCGACGAGGAAAGAAGUUAAGAGCAAUAAGAGCGUAAGGAGGAUCAGAGCGACCCCCGAGGUGAGCAAGCGAGAGUAUUUGGAAAUUGGACCGCCGAAGAGGGACAAUCUCGACGAUCUUUUGAGAAUCGUCGGGAACGACGAGAAAUCAACGAAGAAGAAAGUGGCGGACGAAGAUUUCGUGGAUAAUCCCGAUGUGCCGCCGCUCGAAUGA